AUGAAUUGGAUUGGACUUCUUUCCUUAUUACUAUCAAUUGCUUCAACAAUAUCAACAUUUUUCAUGAUAUCAGCCAUACGGUUUUGGCUUACGACAACUGGUUUAGUCAAUCUCGACCGCACAAUCGAAAUUCUAAAUUUCGUUUCUUUUAUAGUAUCAUUUUUAACAGUAUUGAUAACAUAUUUCAUCGUAAAGAAAUGCACUAACUUAAUUACCUUUAUCAUAUCUUAUGCAAUUGGUUUGUUUGGCUUACUAGAGUUUUAUUAUGGUUUAUUCUUAUGGUCAGAUUCAAAAGGAUACAUAUCAACAAUGAUAAACGUUUGGGAAAAGUCAUUAAAUCAAUCAUUUAUCAUUGAUAUUGAGAAAAAGUUCAAAUGCUGCAGUUUUCAUAAAUUUAAUCAAUUUUAUAAUGAUCCUUGCAAUAUCUCAGCUACACCAUGUCUUACAUCUAUACAUUCUACAAUUGCAGAACCAACAGAAGCUAUCGGAAUUACUAUUAUUUACCAAUCUGUAGUUCAUGCGAUGAUUUCUCUGUUUCUUGGAUUUGCUGCUCAGAAGAAAAAGAAAAAGAACGGCAUUACGUUGCAAACUCCAUGGGCAAAUCCAGAAAAAGAAGAAACCAGAAACUUCCUCGAAAAUAAUGAUUAA